AUGCAGCAAAUCGAAUUGUUUUUCAGUAGCAAAUAUUAUUCCAUUCGGUUCACUCCAUGUGAUAAAAAUUUUAAGUUGAAAAAUUAGUACAAAUUAUAAACUAUAGAGCAUCUUAGUGAGUGUAGUGUCCACAUUAGUGUUAAGUAUUUUUUGAGAUAUGCAAACUAAAUAGACGUUAAGCUUGAGCACUCACCAAUAUAAUAGUUCCUAAGAACUAAGUACAUAAUGAGAAGUUCUGUGGACAAUGGAGAAGCCGGAGCGGCAGGUCUUUCUCCCUGCGUUAGCGCACAACGCAACAAAAAGAGAUUUCCCGGUCGUUGGUCGCUGCGUCAGCUGAUUUAUUCAUCCCCUUUGUCGCGCAGGCGCAGUUCAGGCAGCGGAGGAGGAACUUCUACUAAAGUUUAUAAAAAAGUCGAACAUGGAAACACAGGUAAGGAUUCGUUAGAUGGAAAGCUGGGUCAUACGAGUACGUCCAAAGAGGACAAGCAUUCGGUCGAGUUACUUCGAGCUAAUAGCAAAUCCUCAGUAUAUGCUUCCAGUACAAAAAGUGGCGAUGGUCCAGGCCACUAUUGGGAGUGCCCGUUAUGCUUCGCGGAACUAUCGCCGGACGAGUUCUGUGAACUUAAUGGAUGCGGACAUCGCGCGUGCGUGUCCUGCUUUCAGCAAUAUCUUCGUGUGGAAAUCACCGAAUCCAGAAUCUGUAUCUCUUGCCCUGAGUGUCUCGAACCCAUGCAUCCUAAUGAAAUAAAAGCUGUACUGAACAACCCACACUUGUUCGAAAAGUACGAAGAUUUUAUGGUGAGGAGGGUACUCGCUGUUGAUCCGGAUACAAGGUGGUGCCCAGCUCCGGAUUGUAGCUUCGCUGUUAUAGCCUCAGAAUGUGCGAGCUGUCCAAAACUAAAGUGUGAAAGGCCCGGUUGUCAUUCGUACUUUUGUUAUCACUGUAAGGCAGAAUGGCAUCCCAAUCAGACUUGCGAUGCCGCUCGUGCUCAACGCUCGCCGAACAUUCGAUCUUCUUCGGUUGCUUAUAGUCAGGAUUCCCAAUGCAGGGAUGAUAUUAAGCCAUGUCCACGUUGCCAGGUGUUAAUAGUAAAAAUGGACGAUGGCUCUUGCAAUCACAUGAUGUGUGCUGUCUGUGGUGCUGAAUUUUGUUGGCUGUGCAUGAAAGAAAUUAAUGAUCUACAUUUCCUGAGCCCAUCAGGUUGUACAUUUUGGGGUAAGAAACCGUGGUCUAGGAAGAAGAAAAUUCUUUGGCAGCUCGGGACGCUGGUCGGCGCUCCGGUAGGAAUUGCUUUAGUAGCCGGUAUAACUGUUCCUGCUAUGGUCAUAGGCAUUCCAGUAUGGGUUGGAAAAAAAUUAUUCGCGAGAUAUCGCACUGGUAAUAAGCAUAAACGUAAUGCUGCCAUAGUUGGAGGAGUUAUAGCUUCGGUAAUGAUCUCACCGCUACUCGCCGGAUUAGCCGUGGGCAUCGGUGUACCAAUACUUCUAUUCUACGUCUACGGGGUGGUUCCCGUUUCUCUCUGCAGAGGCGGCGGUUGCGGAGGAUUUACUGCCGAGGAGCCGCCUCCGACACCCGCGCCAGAUACCACAUCCGUAGACGCGACUAGUACUAAAGAACCCGCCAAUCCGAGCAUUGGAGAGGCCAGCAUCAGUUUAGCUUCGGGAAGUCACAGAGAUGCCGAUAGGGAAAGUGCCAGUACGGUCGCCUUGGCUGGAAGUCUGCACCAAGCAGCUCAUCGUUUGGAAGUUCAAGCAGAUCUAACAUCCACGCAGCGUUUGAGCCUGAGUAGUUUAACAGAAUCAGUAAAUACUAGUAUUUUGCUGGAUGAUGGUGGGGCUAGUAUACGUGCCCUUGCGGGAUCCAUAUUGAGCUACAAGCCUGCCAACGGAAGUGACUCGUGCAGCUGCAUGACCACCGAAGACUGCACCUCAGAACGAGUCCGUUUCGAUGACAACGUCAGCUUCAUAAUCGCAAACCAAGCAGAAAAAACCAGCAUUGGUAGCAGCUGUAGCUUUAGAGCCCGAUGCUCGAAAUCAGCCAUGGGAAAAGCGUCUCCCGCCCAAGAUACACUUUCCAGCGAUAGCAUCUACAUAGAUAUGGACGACGGAAAAUCGUCUAGAAAAUUAUCCACACAAGCCUCGGUUCUGCGAUCUCAAUUUUUCCAUUCGAUCAACGAAUGUAAGCCGAACGCAAACAGUUUAGAUGACCAAACUAUUAUAGAGGUUUCAAAUGAAACUUUAGAUAAAACGGCAGUUUCGUUGGUAAAGGAGACAAAAAAUAUUGUUAUUUGCCAGCUCAGACCUGCAUCAUCGACCGUAAGUCUCGACGAAAAAAUGAAACUGGACGAAUCGUCCGUUACGAAUUUUUCUAAUGAGAGUUUAAACAAUUCCACGGUUCCGUUAAUUUCUGAGCCCAAUAACGUGGUUGUUCGUCCCAUAAAAACGGUCUCCGCUUCUAAAUAUGAAAGUACCGAGCUUUAAUUUACCCCCCGUUUAAUGGAAGACUGAAUUGUAAUUUUGUUGUAAAGGUUCAUAUUUAUUUUUAAGCCUUUGUAUAGUAUGGCUUGAACAUUAAUUUAUGUUUGGGUAUUUUUACAAAAGGCUUUGUUAAGGCUAGUCUUUUUAAAGCCGCGAACGUGCUGUUUUAUUAAUGUAUAAGUUCUAUUGGAUAUUUAUAUACAAUAUUUUUAUAAUAUUUUAAAUAUGUUUUUAUUAGGAUUCAAAACUUGUAUUUUACCUUUAGCGUUACAAAUCUUUGUUCGGGAUCUCGUGAUCUUUUAAAAAUUAUUUUUACUAUAACCAACCAUGUAAUUAUCAUUAAGAAUCCAAAUAAACAUAAUGGUACUUUA